AUGAGUAUAUAUGAAGGCCGUUUUGAUAACCGUCGAUUGACUUUGGAACUAAGAGAUCUUCAAAUGAAUAAUGAUGAAUUAAAUAGUGAUACUCAAGUUGGUGUUAGAAUUAUUGAUAAUAAGCUUAAUAAUAUAAUAGGAUAUAUUAGGGGACCUCAAGGUACACCAUAUGAAUCUGGAAUAUUUGAAUUAGAAAUAUCUAUACCUAGUGAAUAUCCAUAUGAACCACCAAAAGUCCGAUUUAUUACAAGAAUAUGGCAUCCUAAUAUUUCAAGUCAAACAGGAGCAAUAUGUUUAGAUAUAUUGAAAGAUGCUUGGAGUCCUGCAUUAACAUUAAGAACUGUAUUAUUAUCUAUUCAAGCAUUAUUAUCAGCUCCUGAACCAGAUGAUCCUCAAGAUGCUCAAGUAGCAUCCUUAUACAAGAGCAAUUUUAAUGAGUAUAUAAAUACAGCUAAAUCUUGGACUAUAAUGUUUGCUUCUUCAAAAGAUCAAAAAAUUCGGAGAUUAUUAGAUAUGGGAUUUUCUAAAGAUAAUGUAACAGAGGCUUUGAUAAGAAAUAAGUGGGAUGAAACUCAAGCAUUAAAUGAUUUAUUAGGUUAA